AUGAGAGAAAUCUUGAACAUCCAAGGAGGUCAAUGUGGUAACCAAAUCGGUGCCAAAUUCUGGGAAGUCAUCUGCGACGAACAUGGCAUCGAUCCCACCGGUCAAUACACUGGUUCCACCGCCGAUCUCCAACUUGAACGUAUCAAUGUUUACUACAAUGAAGCCUCCGGUGGUCGCUAUGUUCCACGUGCUGUACUCAUGGAUCUUGAGCCUGGGACCAUGGACAGCAUCAGAUCUGGUCCCAUCGGCCAGAUUUUCCGGCCGGAUAACUUUGUCUUCGGUCAGUCCGGCGCCGGAAAUAACUGGGCUAAGGGUCAUUAUACUGAAGGUGCUGAGUUGAUUGAUUCUGUUCUUGAUGUCGUUCGUAAGGAGGCUGAGAAUUGUGAUGCUUUGCAAGGUUUUCAGGUAUGUCAUUCGCUUGGAGGUGGCACAGGGUCUGGAAUGGGGACGCUUUUGAUUUCGAAGAUACGGGAGGAAUAUCCGGACCGGAUGAUGCUCACGUUCUCCGUUUUCCCGUCACCGAAAGUCUCCGACACGGUGGUUGAACCCUAUAACGCAACACUCUCGGUGCACCAGUUGGUCGAAAACGCCGAUGAAUGUAUGGUGCUCGAUAACGAGGCGCUUUACGACAUCUGUUUCAGAACUCUGAAGCUCACCACUCCAAGUUUUGGUGAUCUGAACCAUCUGAUCUCCGCAACCAUGAGCGGUGUAACCUGCUGCUUGAGAUUUCCCGGUCAGUUGAACUCCGACCUCCGUAAGCUCGCCGUCAACCUCAUCCCCUUCCCACGCCUGCAUUUCUUCAUGGUCGGAUUCGCACCCCUCACCUCCCGUGGGUCGCAGCAAUACAUCUCUCUUAGCGUCCCGGAGCUCACCCAACAAAUGUGGGACGCUAAGAACAUGAUGUGCGCCGCGGACCCAAGACACGGCCGGUACCUGACGGCCUCCGCCAUGUUCAGGGGAAAGAUGAGCACGAAAGAGGUCGACGAACAGAUGAUCAACGUCCAGAACAAGAACUCGUCUUACUUCGUGGAAUGGAUCCCGAACAACGUGAAAUCGAGCGUCUGUGACAUCCCGCCAACUGGGCUGAAGAUGUCGUCGACUUUCAUCGGAAACUCGACCUCGAUCCAGGAGAUGUUUAAGCGAGUUAGCGAGCAGUUCACGGCCAUGUUUAGGCGCAAGGCUUUCUUGCAUUGGUACACCGGAGAAGGAAUGGACGAGAUGGAGUUCACGGAGGCGGAGAGUAAUAUGAAUGAUUUGGUGGCGGAGUAUCAGCAGUAUCAGGAUGCGACGGCGGAGGAGGAUCAAGAAUACGGUGGUGGUGGCGGUGAUGAGGAGGGCGGGGAAGCAGAAGAUGAGUGA